UUUAGGUGACGUGUGUCAUGUCUGUCAUGUCAUUUUUAGGAUAGUCGCCGAUUUAUAAAAAGGCCGAAAAUAUGGAGCAAUUAAAGCUUUCCUCUUUAUUUGCGUUAUUCUUGAUAUUCGAUUUGACCUCCGCUCUUUAUUUCCACAUAGGGGAGGGGGAGCGAAAAUGCUUUAUCGAGGAAAUACCGGAUGACACAACUGUUAUGGUGAAUUACAAGGUGGAGCUUUAUGACCCUCGUUCUGGCGGGUUCAUGCCCUCAUCGCCCGGGAUCGGCAUGCACGUGGAAGUCCGUGAUCCCAACGACGGCGUGGUGCUGUCUCGGGUGUACUCCUCAGAGGGCAAGAUCUCCUUCACAUCCACUACUCCCGGAGAGCAUGUCAUUUGCAUGUACUCUAAUAGUACCUCUUGGUUCAGCGGCUCUCAGUUACGGGUACACUUAGACAUCCAAGUAGGUGAACACGCCGUGGACUACGCCAAUGUGGCGCAGAAGGACAAGCUGACAGAGUUGCAGCUGCGGAUCCGACAGCUGUUGGACCAGGUGCACCAGAUCACCAAGGAGCAGAGCUACCAGCGGCACCGCGAGGAGCGCUUCAGACAAACAUCUGAGAGCACCAACCAGCGUGUGCUGUGGUGGAGCUUGCUGCAGACCGGUGUGCUUGUUGGCAUCGGCUACUGGCAGAUGAGGCAUCUCAAGAGCUUCUUCGAGGCUAAGAAACUAGUGUAAAAACCUUAAGAUUAGCCUUUUUUAACUCCGUUAGUACUUAGAGCUACAUCUCCACCAAUUUGGGGUGUCCCAGUACUGGUUUUUUUAUACAUAGUUCCUGUUUUCACUAUACAAACUCAACACUGGGAUUUUUUUAAUCUAUUGAAGUCAGGGUCAUUCUAUGGAACUUGCUAACUAUGUUAACAAACCGCCAUAUUGAAAUUGUCUCUGAAUGAUGAAUUUACUAGUGACUUUUGUUUACAUAGUUAACAAGUUCCAUAGAAUGCCACUUUACAUAAUAAUGUCAUUACUGGUUCAUCAGUUAAUAAGAAAGUUUGAUCUGUUAAAAAGGUCAAAAUAUGAGUAUUAAUUUAUAAGCCUUUGAGUGGUCCCAAUUCGUAAAAUCUAAAUUAUAAUAGCCUGAAAACAACCCAAUGUCAGUGUUGUGAAAGCUAAACAUAUUAUUUAUUACUUUGGUACUUCUGUGUGAUAGAUAACACCCCUACAUAACUCCCUGAUAACAAACAAUAACAGGAUAUCAUGAUGGAGGUACAUAUCAUAUUUUUCAUUAUAGAAGUUAAGUGCUAUUGAAUGGACUUAGACCUGAUGUAACAGUUCAGGUCUAAGUCCAAAGUACAAACAUGAUAUGUACCUCCAUCACAAAGAAAGAAUAAGAAGUAUUAUUGUAUGCACUUAGACCUGAACUCUUACCUAAGACAGUAGUUAGGUAAGAGUUCAGGUCUAAGUCCAUUCAAUAGCAUGUAACUUCUAUACUAAGUUGACAAACUUUCAUUAGAUGGCCUUAUAUUGUGAAUUUCCAUAAAAUCCUAUCCAUGUUGUUACUCAGAAUUGGUGAUCAAGUAAACUCAGCAUAAAAUUAAUGGCAGUUCUACAUGAUUUGCACAUGUAAUUUAUAACCAUUAAUAAGAUGGUUAUCACACUUCUACCACAUCCAGAAAUCACAUCAGUAUAAUAACAUUUAUAUCCAUUACUUUCAAUCUAUUCUUCACAUCACACAAUAUUAUAUCUUUGAAAUAUUUAAUGUAGAUUUAUAUAAAUUUCUUCAACUUUUUCAAUCUAAAUUAGAUCAUAUGAAUUUCUGGUAUAAAACACUAAACAAAUGUUUUCCAAAUGUAUGAAUAAUAGUUAGAACUUUCGUUUUAGAAACAAGUAAUAUAUACUACUAAUAAUGUAUAUUUGAUGUGUUUUGCAAGUGAUCUGUAUUUUUUGAUUAAAAAAACAUAAGUUAAAA